AUGAAAUUAAAUUCGUAGUAAUUAUCUGAAAUUAAAGUAGAACUUAAAAAAUUCUCUACAGUUCCUAUUGAAAAGUCUUAUAAAUUAAUUGCUUAAGUUUAUAAAUGCAAUUUUUAAUUACAAUCAUUAAUUGAUAGCUAAAUUACUAAAAGUUUUGUUAGAAUUGGAUAAAAGAAAUAUACAGAUCAUGAUGAUGAUAAAUUUGUUAAAGCUAUUAAAAUAUGUAGGAAAUUAGUUAAAUAAUGAAAAUAAGCUAUUAUUUGCAAUGAUUUAAAUGCUCAAAAUGAUGAAAAGUAAAAUUUAUAUAAAAAUGCAUUAAAAUAAAAAAUAUCCAAAAAUAAUGAGCCAUUAAUUCAAAAAAGAAUCAAGACUAGUAUAGAAACUAAAAAUGAAUAAUAGAAAUACAAUAUUAAAGAAACCCAAAAUAUUUAAAAUGUACAAGAAGAUAGAAGAAAAAAAGCUAUUGAUGGAUUAAAAAAAUAUUUUUUUUUGUAAACUUAAUAGGAACAUGAAUAAUGGUCUAAAAAAAUUGAAUAAACUAUUUAUGAUCUCUAUAAUCAUUCUGUUUAAAUAUAUAUGGAUAAAGUAAAAUGUAUUGUAAGAAUGAUAGAUAGGAAUUGA